CUCCCCUAUUUCACAUAUGAGAAAGGCCAGGCGCAUAGAGAAGGAAAGGUACUGCACCCUGUUACGUGAAGAGCAAGUCUUUUGAGGGAAGAGGAUCCAGGAAACAGUGGAGAGAUAAGAAAACCAAACACUUACCUGGAUAUAUCCUGCAUAGAAUGUAGCUGCGCCUUUCCAUCUCUCUCCACAUCCUCUUCCUACCACAAAAUUCACGGCACUAUGGGAGAAGUCCAAAAGGGUUUGUUUUCAGUCAUUGAGAAGCUAAAAGGCACUACUGAGCAAGAGCUGCGGAUAGUUCUUCUCGGUCUCGAUAACGCCGGAAAAACCACUUUGUUAAAACAACUCGCCUCAGAAGAUGUGAACACCAUCACUCCAACUCAGGGUUUCAACAUUAAAAGUGUGACCUGUGAUGGCAUGAAGCUGAAUGUGUGGGACAUUGGAGGACAGAGGAAGAUUCGACCAUUCUGGAAGAAGUACCUGGAGAACACAGAUUUAUUGAUUUAUGUGAUUGACAGUGCAGACAAAAAGAGAUUUGAGGAAACAGGAUUGGAGCUCUCGGAGCUCAUCGAUGAGGAGAACCUGAAGGGUGUGCCAUUGCUCAUCUUUGCCAAUAAACAGGACCUGGCCACAGCCUCUCCGGCCAGUGAGAUCGCAGAGGGCCUCAACCUGCACACGUACCGGGACAGAGAGUGGCAGAUCCAGGCCUGUUCUGCCGUAUCUGGGGAGGGUGUACAGGAUGGCAUGAACUGGAUCAGCAACAAUAUUGUAAAUAAGAAGAAAUGAAUCUGCUCACUUCCAAGUGUUAUUUUGUACAAUUGCUCUGAUUCUUCUGUUAAUGUAAACCA